AAGUGGUGGGAUAUAUAGGCUGGUGCGUUGGAGCUGCAUGCAACAGAAUCAAGAGUUGUCCUACAAGUUGAGAGAAAGUUUACUGAAAGGUUCAUCUUAUUUUUUGUUUUGCGGGGCGACUUUCACCAAAGGGGACCAUGGUUAUGUUGAAGAUCUCUGCUUUCCUUGUUGCCUAUGCCCUGGUCAUUUGCCAGAUGUACUGCUCACAAGCUGCUCCUGCCAGACCGGGUUUAGAGUCCAUGUCAGACCGAGUCACGCUCACGGACUACGAGGCACGAAGGUUACUCAACGCCAUCGUCAAGGAAUUUGUGCAGAUGACGGCGGAGGAGUUGGAGCAGCAGGCUACUGAGGGAAACAGCAGCGUUACAGCACAGAAGCGAGCCUGCAACACAGCGACCUGCGUGACUCACCGGCUGGCAGACUUCCUCAGCCGAUCGGGGGGAAUGGGCAACAGCAACUUCGUCCCGACCAAUGUCGGAGCCAAAGCCUUUGGAAGGCGGAGGAGAAGCAUCCAGAUGUGAGAUUUCCCACAAGAUAAAAUGGUCAAACCCUGAAAAGAAAACUUCAGAAAAAGACGUGUGAACAAAAAUAAAAAAGAGAGAUAAUCAUUACUGAGCAGAAAAUAAACACCAAAACUGGCCCUUUAUCCACUCAUCAAGAUUCCUACCGGGAACGAAAAAGGACAUUUCCAUUUCCAUGGAGUUAGUAAAUCCUUUUGGUUUUGGCAAAUAAGAGACAGAAAGAAAAAAAAAAGCACUUUACUUUGUGUACAUGAACAAACGAGCUCCUUAAAAAAAGAAAGAAAAAAAAUCCUCUUUUUCUACAUGAAUAUUAUUGGAAAAUAAAAAGAAAGCAGCAUUGGUUAUCACUUCCUUAUUUUCCCUCCACUCACCUCCAUAGAGCACAUAUGUACCCCCACCCCUACAUGUCCGUCUGCCUCCCCAACUCAGAUCCAUACGUAACACUGUCCAUCGGACGUCUUCCUGCUAUCCCGUGUGCCAGAGGGACGCCAUUACAGAUCAGCCUACCCAAGACUCCCCCCUCAACCCCCCCAUCCCCACAACGGCUGUUGUCUUGUGCCUUGAUGUAGAACAAUUUACAUGAACGUGAUUGUACAGCUCUGUUUCAAGAUAACUACCCCAAUGAGGGUGAAGAGAUGAAGACAGACUAAUAUUGUAAACAAUAUUGUGAAAAACAAUUUCAGCAAGAUUAAAAUGUAUUUUAGAUACACUUGGGUUUGGGGUUUUGUUCUUCAAAGGCUUGUGUGGAAGGAAAUAACACUCGAAAAAAAAGACAUGCGGUGACACUUAUCACUAAUCAUGAUUAACUAAACACGGUUAUUACCUCACAGCGACGAACAGACAAACACAUCACAAUCACACGCCGGUUCGUCAACCGUUGCAGAUCGAGGUCACAGUACUGUUCAUACCUGCUGCAUUUCUGCAAAUGUAAAACAUCACAUGAUGCAAAGAAAGCCGUGCAUGGGGAAUUACAAAAUAAAAAGCAGCCAAACUUGCA